GCGCGACUUAUUUCCCGCGGGGAGGAAUUUCUCGCAUAGCAGCGGCGGGGUGAUGACGCCAUAGCGGGGAGCAUCGGCGGCCGACAUUUUAGCUUACAGGCGGAAGCGAGGCGUUUAGCGGCGGUCAGCGGACGGUCGGGCGGCAUCAUGGCGGACGUGGAUAUUGAUUUGUACGGCGACGUGGAGCAAGACUUCACACAGGACGACUUUGCCGACGGCGACCUGUACGAUGCAGUCCUCACGGGGGGAGGACGGGACCGGGAGCGUGAGGCCCCUCCAAGCCCCUCGCCGGCCUCCACGGAGCGCAACGGAGGGUCAGCACCGCCCCGCCAGUCCUCCUCACAGUCUCAGCGCGGGCGGUCGGUGUCCUCGGAGGAGCGCGCCGUGUUCUCCGGGCCGGUGGCUCACACUGGACGCAAGUACCAGCUCUAUAUCGGCAACCUGACCUGGUGGACCACAGACAAUGAUAUUGCAGCUGCAGUUCAGUCACUCGGCGUGAAUGAUUUCCUGGAUGUAAAGUUUUUUGAGAACCGAGCCAAUGGCCAGAGCAAGGGUUUCUGCGCCAUCUCUCUGGGCUCCGAGUCCAGCAGCCGCAUGGUGAUGGACAAGCUGCCGCGCAAAGAGAUCCACGGCAUGAGUCCAGUGGUGACCUUCCCCAGCAAGCAGGCGCUCAGCCAGUUUGAAUCCCAGAGCAAGACGCGUGCCAGUCCUCAGCACCAGCACCGUGGCGGCCCUGGUGGUCCAGGUGGCCACCCUGGUGGGGGACCUGGUGGCCCCGGCGGCCCCCGCAUGCCACCCCCAGGGCGUGGCAUGCCCCCACCAGGGAUGGACCACAGACCACCCGGCCCGCCCGGUCCCCACGGUCCUCACGGGAGUUCCCACGGUGGGCCUCAUGGCGGCCCUCACAGUGGUCCCCAUGGUGGACCUCACGGCCCCCAUGGCCCCCCUGGUCCACAUGGGCCCCCAGGUGGUCCUCACAGCCAUCACGGUGGGCCUCAUGGCGGUCCACACGGUGGACCUCCUGGCCCUCAUGGCCCCCCUGGCCUGGGCCCCCACCACGGCCCCCACCAGGGACCCCCAAGAGGCCCUCCACCACACAACAUGCAGGGGCCUGGACCAAGAGGCGCACCCCCUCCCCCAGGCCACAUGCAGCGACCCAUGCAUCCCGGCGGCCCCGGCGGGCCUGGUGGACCCCCACCCGGCCAUGGAGGACCCCCACCUCGAGGCCCCCCACCCAGCAUGGGACCCCCUCCAGGCCAGCACGGGCCCCCACCCCCUCGAGGGCCCCCUCCGCCCAUGGACCCCAGGGCACCGCCACCGAGGCCAGACUUCAUCCAGGGGGGCUUCCCGGCCACCAGCAGCCCCCCCUCCGUCCCCCACAACCUAGUACUCCCCUCCAGGCCUCCCACUCUCUCCCAAGGACCCCCACCACAUGGGGGCCCCCCUCCUCAUGGUCCUCCUCCUCAUGGUGGAGGCCCCCCAGCACCUCAUGUCAACCCAGCGUUCUUCCCUCCACACAAUGCACCCCCGCCGGCGGCUGCUGCCCCACCCGCACACUAUGUCCCGCCCCCGCCCUCUCAUCAGCACGGUGGGUUCCAGGGGGCUGACCACCGCAUAGAGGGGCCGCCCCCACUCUCAGAGGCAGAGUUUGAGGACAUCAUGAACAGGAACCGCACAGUGUCCAGCUCUGCUAUUGCUCGGGCCGUGGCUGACGCUUCCUCUGGGGAAUACGCCAGUGCUAUCGAGACCCUUGUGACUGCCAUCUCGCUCAUCAAGCAGUCCAAGGUUGCCCAUGAUGACAGGUGCAAGAUACUAACGAGCUCCCUCCAGCACCACAUCUCCAUCCACCAGGACACGCUUCACGGCAUUGAGGCAAAGAGUUACGGGUCCAGCAAGCGCCGCGAACGCUCCCGCACACCAAGUCGUCGCCGUCACCGCGAUCGCUCACGCUCAAGGGAGAGAGAGUACCGUGACCGCUCUCGCUCCCACUCAAGAGAUCGCGAGUACGAGCGCCACCGUAGUGAAAGGGAACGCGGCACCUCAGAGCGUGGGAGUGAACGUGAGCGUGACUACGAGCGCUCCUACAGCCGGGAGAGGGAGUAUGAUCGGGCAAGGGAGAGAGACAGGGAGCGCGAGAGGGACAGAGAAAGCAGCAGGUACUAUGACGAGCGCUACAGAGAGAGGGAAGGCAGAGGGAGGGAGAGGAUUGAGGAGCGGCCAGUGCGUGAGCGUAUAGAGGAGCGCACCACCAGGGAGGACGUGCGAGAGCCUGUGAGGGAGCGCGACCGCGAAAGAGACAGGGAGAGAGAGCGCGAACGAGACGUCAGGACAAGAGAAGAGAGAGAGUCAUCGUCUCACCGCUCCUCCAGACACUAACUCGUCCUAUCCUGCCCUGUCCUCAUCCUCCUGUCCUUUGCCUCUCCCUCCCUUUCCCUAACCCCCAGCUCUCCCCUCCCACGCUCUUCAUUUUGGUUGAAGUGAGAAAUCUGGUGACCAAGUUUCAGCUUUUUCUUGAUUUUUUUUCACAUUCCUUUUUGUUCUCUCACGUUAGGCUGUUACGAGGAAUUUUGUUUGAUUCCAGUCGACAGGAAGUCAUCAUCCAGAUUCUCAUCUUCACUUCCCGCAUGAGAACACCUCGUGCGACAGACAAAGCAAGAGAUUCAUGAGUGUUUAUAUAUCUUUUUUAUUCCUGAACUGCUGCCACUUCUCUGGCAGUCGUAAAAUAAAGGCAUUAGAACAAUUAGCACACGGGACACACUGAGACCUGCGUUUGUUGUUGUCGUGGACGCAUCGCUGGACAUGAUGUGCCUCUAUAUGUUACAGUUGUUAUUUGUAUCACUGUGCAGGCGUUAAAGCCAUAGUAUACUAAUUUGUGAGUUAGGACGUCCUCUCAUAGUAUUACGUAUACAUUUUGAAGCUGUAUGAGGUGUGGAGAUGCUCUUAAGGAUCUAUUAAGUUCUAGUUUGAAUUUUGUCUAUUCUGGCAUCGUGUAUUUUAUACCCCCAUCAGGAUGCAGUCCUAGUUAUAGGCUAUCAUUUAGGCUUGACCAAUAAAUAUUCUUACAAAUAAGUUUAUAUUUUGUAUUAAGAUUUUAAUGACAUGAAAUUGUGUGCUAACUGUAGUAGUGAAUAUGAAGUGGGUUUGAAUAUACAA